AAACAUCAGAAUGUACAAACCGUGGGUGACUGUGAAUAUUUUCAUGAUUUCAUUUCUGCAUUUGCUGCAAGGAUCUGACUAUGAGAAUGGAUCUGUGAAGGUAGGCGACCUUUAUUUAUUGAUAAUGUUAAUAAUCAACAUUGCCAGAAUUACACAACCCUCAUGGGCAGGGUGGUGGGUUUCUAUCUGUUUUGGUGAGGGGCUUUUUGUGUUUAUUUUGUUUUGUUUUGGUGAUUGUUGGUGAUUAAACAGAAGUUUAAUUGCCAUAGAGAAAAGAGAAUCUAUAAAGAAGUUAAAUAUGUAUUCACUGCUUAGUGUUUCAUCUCCUUGUAUUAGUUAUUCUUACUUAUUUGUUACACAUUUUGUUCUUUAAUUGAACUCCUUGUAUCGCUCAUGCAAGGUAAAAGCAAAAUACAAACCAAAAAGCAAGGCAGAGUACUUAGAAUACUUUCCAAAUGCACUUAUUUCUCUUUCAGCUAUUUACAAUUUCAGGCAUAAGUAUCCUGGUGUUGAAAAUCUUCCUCUACAAACACUUGUUCAUCAGUUGCUCACUUGUUUGCCAGAAAUGUUCUUCUUUUGUUUUAUAAUAAGUGAUGUUGUCCAAGACCUUACCAUAAGCUACAGCUACUAAUAGUAGCACACAGUGCCUGGAAAGUAAUCUUUUUUCUGAAUGUAAUACAUGCAAGAAAAUUUAAGCUGAAGUCUCACCUUGAUAGUAGGAUUUUUCAGAUCUGAUUUUCUGAGACAAUGUGAGAAAAGCCAGGACAAUCAUAUAGAAAAACAAGAACAAAAACUGGAACAGGAUUCUGUGCAUGUAGUGUGUCCAAAAAUGAUUAAUUCAGUGUGUGGUCCAGAACAAAUUAUUUGUUUCUCACUGACAAAGCAAAACAAGCUAAUACUUCUGUUUUCACUUCAAAAAACCUCCUGCUUGCAAGAGAUGACCACACACCAGCCUGUGAACUGCACUCGAUGUUGACCUGUGGUCUCGAAAAGAAAGGCUCAGUUGUGUGCUUAAUUGCAGACUUCUGUUGCCAGCACAAGUUAGCAGCGGUGAAAGAUGUGCUUUCAGGGAGACUAAUGGCUCACCCCUUUGCCUGCUCACUAUUCACAAGCUUUUAAUUUACAACCUUAACAAUCGGGUCUUUGGAGUCAGUAAGACCAUUGUAAUCAUUCAUCACAUAUAUUGCCCUCGUUCUUCUAUAUGUUGCACUGCCUGACAAGUCACUGCUAAGUUUCUAAGACUAUCAGAAGAUACGGUAUAGAUCACGCUUUAAAGGACUCUGUUUCACAUAUGUUGGCUGCUGAUUACCAAAAGGGAAAGACUGGGUUUUUUUAUACUGCUUGUUCUGGCUCCUUCUGUAUAGACAAAGAUUUUGGGCUAAGACACUGAUUAUUUUUGUUUUAAUGUUUUACAUUGUGUAUUAGAUUUCUGGGUUGCUUCGGCAUUUAUGUUGUGCGCUUUUGUGUGUGUGUAUAUGUGGACAUACCCUGCAGAAAGUCCUUCAUGUUAUCAUGUUUAAUAGUACAGAGGAUUAUGCAUAUUCUUACCAAUUGCACCUCAGAUUUUACUUGUAAAGCAAUAAAUAAUGUGUUAUAGUCACCUAUAACAUCUUCUAAAAGUUCUUUCAGAUCAACAGCAAUAAUGCCUGGAUAGGAACUGUGAGGUCAGGCUGUAGGUAAGGCACAAUUAAUGGGACACAGGAAGGGUUGCAGACGGGCAGCCUUCUCCCUUUACCCAUUGCUACAGCAGUUCAAGUGACCGAACUCAGCCCAGGUCACUUCAAGCUUUAAAUCUGUUGAUGGUCUUAACCAUCAGCUGGUGUCAGUGUGGUAUCAUGUGACAAAGUUCCAGGGACUAAGUAUUUAAAUACUAUAUUUACCCCUCCACAACGAUCCUAAGUAAUACUGUGAAAGUUAAAAACCUUACAAGUUGUGCAUGUAUCUCUGUUGUGCUUGACUUUUCCUAACCCCAUCCUCUUCUGUGUACUGGAUUCUCUUUCAUUUCCUAUCUGCACACUCAACCCAGUAAGUCCCUGCCUGCCAGUCCCAGUUCUUUCUGUCCCUAUUUCUGUCCUGUUCCUCUCCCAGCACCACUUGCUCCCUAGCCUAUGCUCUUGUGCCUCUCAGGCUUUGGAUAAGUUCCUCCACCAUGAUCCUUUUUGCACUGUCUGUGUGCCACCCUCCUCCCCACUCAUCUAUCCUAGUCUGGGAUGCAACCCUGCUCUCCCUGACCCUCAGGACAUGGCCCCAAUUUCCCUCUGUUUUCCAGUCAUUUUCCAGCUCAUCACUCACAGUCUUACCUUUUUCCUUACCCCAGUUCCCAGUUCAGGUCUCCCCAAACACUCUCAUGCUCCUUGGCUAGGUCUUGCACACCUCUGCCAAUGUGCUUCUUUCCCUUCCACACUCAGACAUAAGAUAUUGCUUUUCCAUGUUGACUGACUCCUGAAAGAGCCUGAAGGAGAGGAAGGGUGUGCUUCUACUCAGCUCCAGGCUGCAGUGUGGUCAGCACAAGCCACAUCUGCAGAGACUUUAACUGCUAAACCUUGUCAAAUCACUGCUGAGCAUCUGUGAGCUGCUGCUUACAUUUGGGUGCUUACAUUUGGGUGGAUUUUUGCAGAGAUAUCAGGAGGCAUAUCCAUGCCAACAAAUGCUCCUCAGGUGUCAAAACUUCACAUUCAUGGUCAGCCACAAGGUAAUGCUAGACGUUUACAGAGACAAGAUUGACAGAAAAUUUUUGCAUUGAUAAAGAAGAAGAUUCAUCCUCAACCGUGGUCGAACUAUUUUGACUAAGACAACACACCACACAGUCAUAGAAUUAGAGAAUGGUUUGGGUUGGAAAGGACCAUAAAGAACAGCUAGUUCCAACCUCCCUGACAUGGGCAGGGACAUGUUCCACUGAAUCAAAAGUUAUUAAAAUCAUUUAGAAGCAGACGUCUGGCAUGAAAAGUUUCAGCCUGAACAUCGAACAUCUGCCAAUGUUAUAAACAACUGGAAACAAUCUCAAGAUGGGAAGCAGUAGGCAAGCUCAGUCUGGGACAGGUAUCCGACACGCCUCCUCGACUGAACUCAUGUCAAGGUUGGCAGUAAUCCCUCUAUUUCACACUCCAGUUAUUGGAUUCAGAGUGCCAGUCUGACAUACUAAAUCCUCAGUGAACAAUUAGAUUUCCACAUGGGUUUUCUGAAGACUGAGCAUUAAUGUUUUUCAUAAGGAAAUGCUUAAAAAAUUCCUUGUCAAAGUGUUGCCCUGAUAGUCUUACAUUUUCGAAUACCUCGGCUAGAGAACCGCAAACUUUACUGUCUCUUUCCUGUCUCCCCCUACCCCCUCAAUGUUUUUCCUCUCCUAGAUUAGUGACAGACAUAAGCUACUUUUUCCAGAAUUUUAAAAUUAGAUACAGAGGUAUGUCCUAUAUUCAUCAAAGCUGAAGUAACUUUUUCUAGUAAAAGCCAGUUGUCUGUCAGAGCUACUUCUGUCUUCCCACACUAAAACUGCCUCUCUAAUGAGGAUCCAGGUCCUGCUCUCUGAAAGUCUGAAUCUCAAGGCUCCCUGCCCUGUUCUCCCCUUUAUUCUAUGUAGUGAGGAGAAGACAAGGGAAAGUAAUGCCCAUGUUAUAACAUACUCAGAGCAUUCUUUUUCUUUUGCAGGUCUUCUCACUGUUAAAAACUUUCUUUUGAGAGAGACAAUCCCAUGAUUAGUAGGCCUGAAGAGUAUCAGAAGACAGGGGACUAGAUAAGAUGAGACCUGUAGGUGAACAUGGCAAUUCUCUGCUACAUGCAUAUCUUUUCCCCAGCUAAACUCUUUUUUUAACCUCUACACCAAAUAUUUAUAGAAUCAUAGGACAUCCCAAAUUGGAAGAGACCCACAGAGAUCAACAUCAAGUCCAACCCCUGGCUCCACACAGGACCACCCAAAAUCAAACCCUAUGUAUUGUGUGCAUUGUUCAAAUGCUUCUUGAACUCCAGCACUUGGGGCCGGGUCUUAGAUUCAACAAUCUUAUAUUGAUACUGUCAGCAGGACAGAAGUAGAAGCCAGAUGCCAAACACAGCUGUCUUCUGGCCUGCUUUGCUAAAGGUGGGAGUGAAAGAGCGCUUAACCAUGAUUCUCAGCACCUAAGUGAGGAAUGCUUUCCCCUUGAGUAGGCAUGGAGAUGCUGGUGAGCUAUCACACCAUGAGCUGAAAGAGUUACAAAGCUCUCUGCAUUUCUCCCUUCCUAAAGUCCGCUACAGUCUAUCUCUGCAACCAAAAGAGAACUCUGCAAAGGAACCUCAGCAAGUCUUAGCAGAGCUGGAAGUAAGCUUACGUCUCUCUGAUUGUCACUGAUGCCGUUUUUCAGAUAGUCAGAUCUUCAUAGCACCCCAGUUACUGCUUGCAAAUGUUGCUGAUUUUUUAGAAAAGAGAUAAUCUAACAGAUUUUCUGUUUCAUAGGUUCUCUUCCUGAAAGGCAGCUCCUGGAAGUACAGCCAACUGCUCAGUAGCUAGGGAAAAAACACUGAAGGCUGUUGGAAACAAUUUCUCUCUUCAAACUAGACUUUUCUUUCUUACAUCCAGCUUCCUUUCAAAGUUACCAGACUCUAUGGGGUAAAGAUGAUAAAUUGUUGUUUUCAGAACUGGUUUAUUAUCUCAGCUUUGUCUUUGCUGCUCUUGAUUCUCUUGAUUCUCUGUGAUUACAAUCACAGGUAGGAUGUCCAACGAACCAAAAAUGUGUAGAAAUGUACUUGCAGCACUCCUGCAGAAAUGUUUGGCUGUGCUUUUACUUCAGGAGUGGGAACAUAUCAUGGAGGUUGUGAAGCAAGCCAUUUUGUUCUGAUCUAUCUGCUGCUGACUUUCAGUGCUGCUGACUUUCAGAUAAGAGAACAAUCUUGCAUCGUUGCCAUGCCACAUGGCAUCCGUCCUUGGCUCUUAUCAGUUUGGAAAGGAAACUGCUAACACACUGCUGCUUUAUCAGAAGCAGUUCACACCCAGGAGAAAUAGCAAGAAAAUUCCUCUCAGCUGGUCUUCCAGUCUGGCCCACCUCAGCUGGGAUCAUGAUUCCUGAGUACACUGCAGGGUGCUGAAAAGUGAAUCAUGCUGUUAAGAUUGACCAGAUGAGAAUGAGAAAUUCAUUCCGCUGUUCAGCUGUUUGAAAUGAGGACAGCACUAAUUAAAAUUUGACAUCAGUCAUGGAUCACUUCUGGAGCUCCGUAGAGCCAAGGAGAGGCAGGUUCAGAGGGCAGUGGAGCAGCUUUCAGUUAAUUUGUGAUCACAAGGCAACCGAAACAAGCAUCAGCUCAGUCUCAGCAAGUGUUGCUGGUCUGAGGGUGGGUUGCUGCAGCCUGCUUGCUCUUUCUCCCUCAGAGGGAUUUGUUUGUUUCUAGCCACUGAUGUGGUGGUUUUGAUGCAGCUCCCAAAGGAGGCAAACAGAGCUAAGAGAGGAACAGUCUGCCUGAAAAUGAAAAAAAGGUGGUGUAGACUCAGGCUUGUGAAACCUCUGCUUUGCUGGCUGCAAGUUUUGCUCUGAUCACUGCUGUCCCCACUCCAGAUCCUAGUAAAGUUUGCUGGUGUUUUGUCUCCUGUGUGUCUGCUUGGGAAAAAAAAUAGGUACAGUUGUUGUAGGUAAUAAAUCAUUUAUUUCUAUUCAUUAAAAGUCUUGUACAAUAGUUUUUAUAAUUAUCAUUAGAUGAUUGGGACCAGUGCUUCUUUUAGACCUUUCCCACAGGGCAAGUACAAUUACAAAACUGGACACUACUGUUUCCUGGGCUUCACUUUGAGAUGCAAUCCCAAACUUAUUACGUUCUCUGGGAGAAAAAGUUAUAUUUGGCUGCAAGGAGGAAAACCUUAUCCCUCCCACUAUUUGCCAGUCUCUUGUGUAACUUUCCACCUGCUCCUUACCUCUCCAGUACAUUUUGCAAAUCUUCAUAAGUCUUGUUGAGACUUGAGGGGAAUGGGAACAAAACAAUUUGUGUCCCUGUGACAGCUGCAGAGACUCCAUUUGCUCAUGGGAAGACCGAGCAGAAUUUGUUUUCUUUGAUGUCUUUGUGAAAGAGAUAUAUGUGGGCUUCUGUAUCAAGUAACAGCAGAACAACUGAGUGCAGUAUUUCAUUUUGCUCACAUUAAGAAAGAAGCCUGAAGGGUAUCUGUGUAUUGUUUUCUAUUUUCACCAGAUAUGACCUAAAGGAUAUAACCAUUCAGCCAGUGGGAGAACACCAUUUAGGGUCCUCAUUGUUUUUGCAGAAUGGCGCUUAGAAAAACUGGGUAACUAUCUGAACAUACGAGAUAUGGCAAACCAGUGUGGGCAGUACACGGGUUUAGAUAGCAGUGAUUGUUCUGCUUGUUAUUGGGUCAGGAUGGUUUUGUCAGAUCUGUGUUUUUAGAUCAAAAGUAUGCUGGGUUAGUUUUGAGAACUGAUCGUUGCUGAAUACAGAGCAGUCACCGUUUGCAUGGAGUUGGUGAAGGAAUCAUAUCUGUGUGGUGUUAAAUUGAAAAAAAGUUGCAUUAUGUUGCUUUAUCAACCUGGUCUAGUGAGCAACCUGGUCUAAUGGAGGUGUCCCUGCCUAUAGCUGGGGGUUGGAAUUAGAUGAUCUUAGAGGUCCCUUCCAAACCAAACCAUUCUAUGAUUCUAUCAUACGUUACAUUGCAUGUAGAGAGUAUGCCAUACAAUCAGGCAAAACUUUUCACUUCAAUUGGCAGUGUGACUCAGAAACCAUGUCAGGAUAUUUUCCUGAACUGCUAGGGAAAUAUUACUUAAUAAAAAUUUCAAUUCCAGGAAAAUGUGUGCAUGUGAUUGAGGUAACAUAAGUUCACUCAGCAUUGGCAGUGGAUCUGCUUUGUGAAGUGACAUUUGGAAAUCCGGCAGUUCAAUUGGCUAAUCACACUUCCAAAACAUUUGUCAAGUGUCUUGGGGCAAAAACAGAACCUAUGGAAGCAGUAACUGAAGGACCCUUCAUCACGUUAAAAAAUAUUUUCAAGUACUGAAAGAACAUACAAUCAUCUGAUUUUAUUCAAUUCUCAAUUACUGACACAUUCCAAAAUCUUUGUCCAAACCUCAGUGAUUUCCAAAGACUGGACAAAUAUCAAAAGAAAGUGACCGUGUUCUGGAUAUGUUCUUUGUAAAAACAUACAAUAUGUAUUCUGUCAGAUUGUUAGCAGUUAGUGUAUGUGUAUGAUGAAGAAAGUGCUGUGUAAUGUCUCUAGUUGUAUUCUGUGCUGAGCAUCAUGUCUGCCUGAACAUGUUGCUGCUGUGCCAGAUGAUACAACCAAAGACAGAAGGAGAGCUUGAGAAAACAUACUGUUGGAUUCCCAUAGCUGUCAGUAGUAUUUGGGACAUACAAGCAAGUUACUGCCAUGGGCAUUUUAUGACAAUCUGUGUCUGUCCAUUCAUUGACCACACAAAUGUACUUUCCAUAUUUGUCACAGGAGAGGCCUAAAGGCAAAUUCUCUGCAUAAAUGACUAGGCUUGAAAAUGAAGAGACUCCAUACCGCAGCAGACCUAUUCUUUUGUUCCAUCUAUCUGAUUCAGUUUUCCAUCACUGCCCACAAAAUGAGGCACAAGUGAGUGCUGUUCCCUUCAAAAGCACACUUUAGCUGCUGAGAGGAUGUUUCUCAUGAGAGCAAAAGAUCUGGUUGUGGGGAGUGAGAUUUAUUUAAUGAGACUUGUAGUUGAUUCUCAAAACAUUUACUGGCUGGAAAAAAAAAAACAACAACCUCAUUUUGGUUAAAAAAUAAUGAGCUGGCUAAAAGUGGGAGAUAUUUUGAUAAAAUCGUAUCUGUUUCUAAUUGUUUUAGACAUGUUAAAAGUAAAUGAAAUAAUCAUGCUUUCAUUUCCAAAUCAUGUAACAUUCUGCUGUUUUCAGUUCUUCACUAUGAUAUUUUGAUUCAUUUAAACCAAAUGUUCAGAGAACAACCAAAAUGUCUCAUCUCUGAGGAUUUUGAUAACGUAACCACACUACUGAAGUGCAAGAAGUCUGGUUUGUUUGCCAUAGCACCACAAAAGUUCUAUUCUAGUUGAAAAAAAAAAAAAAAACCUAUUCAAAAUAUAAAACAGCUGUUCUCUUGAAGACAUCGGGUAUCUAACAUGAUUUACUCAUGAAAGCAUAUGAUCUUCAGCUGAAUUGAAACUGUUUGUCACUACCUGAACUACUAAAUUUAGAAAACAGGUAAUUCAGUCUCUUGCCUUCACUGGGAACAAGGCAGGAGCCUGGAAGAGAAGAAUAUGGAGAGAGCAUUUCCAUGCUGAAUAGCAAAGAUAUAGCAGUCUAGAAGUUGCUUCUUCUCCAGUUUUGGGUCUUGGUCAACUGACUCUCAGUCAUCAUGUCUCUAUCAAUGAGAGCUAUGAACCUCUCAGAUGAAUGCAUCCAUCAGUCCCUUCACCCUCAUACAAUAUCAGAUGAAACUGUUCAUUUUGUCACCUCACAUUCCUCCCCCGACCAUACUUAAUGUACCUAUCAGUCCUUCUUUAUGUGCCCUGGCCAUUUGCUGCUGCUCUUCUUAUGUGCCAUUUCUCUUUCAGCAGCGCUGACACACAUUAUGAGUGGUUCUAUCAACACAGUCACCCUUCUCUGAGAGGAAGCAAGAGAAAUACUCUUUAAUUCCAGAGACAGACGGCAGAGAGGUAUCUCCUCUGCUUUGGGUGGGGAAAGCGAAAGUCUUGUUUCCUGCGCCUGCUCUGCAAACUUUGAGAUCUAGUAGGGACUGUUGAGGGUGGAGAGGCUUUCCACCCAGAAUACACUUUGCUGCUCCUCCUGCAGCCAGAAUAUACAUCUCUGAUGCAUUUAUAUUUUGUUUGCUGUAUGGACUCCCUCUCUGAUGGACAAAAUGCUAUGGCAGUGGAUACAUCUGAAAAGCUGAAAGAAUUAGCAGACAAACUGAGGCCUCAAUUUUCCGAGAGGACCGUGGAGAAGAAUAAGUGUUGUUGACCUGGUACUUUCCACUAAAACAACUUUGACUAUCACAUAACUACAUCUGAUGCAGCCCUAGGGUUUCUCGACUGUAAUUCAGUCCCUACUAAUUUUAUAUUUGGGCAAAGACUUAUGAGGCCAUUUCUAGCAUCUUAAAAAAGAUAUUCAAUCCAGUUGCAUAUUUUACAAUCUGCUCAGUCGAUGCAGUUGAACUCUUUCACUACAAUUUUAACAGGAAAGCAUUAGAGACCCUUUUUAAAAAGCGAAAGCUAAGGGUCUGCCUCACUGGACCCACAAUCUACUAAGAGAAUGUCCUGAUUAUCAUCACUGUGACUGUGAUGAUGGCCCAAGUGAUGUCCAGUUUGGGUAAGUCAGUGCACUGAGAGAGAUCCAUUUUUUUCCUGAGCAUUAGAAUAGAUUUUUCUUUAAACAGUCACAGUCUAAAAGUGCAAGCUCUUGAAGAUUCAGCCAUGCUAAAAAUUAUUUGAGAAGGCAGAGAAGAGUAUUAGUAGGAAGUCAAAAUAGCUCAUUGUUUUGACUCUGAGGUCACAAUUACUGUAAGUAAAAAUAGCUUCUUUGUGUACUAGUAAUACACAGAUAAUCGUGUACCCAGAGAGGAUAGAGUCAGGGAUCAGACAAGAUAGAUCAAAAAUUCAUACAUGAUAGCAAAUCAAAAUUCUGAUUUUAGUGGAACUGUAGAAAUUUAAGAUGUAUUUUUUCUCCUCAGAAAUGAAAUCAAACAGAGAUGAUAAAAUUCGUGCAUGCUAGUAAGUGUCAGACAUAGUAAGAUUAGAGUCCUCAUGCUAUAUAUUUAAAAGCUGAUGAAGUUUCUUGCUUAUAAGAUUGCAAGUUACUUCUGAAAGUCUGAUGCUUUCAAGGUGCAGAAGACUCACAAUUUUAUUAUCCAUUAUGCAACAUCCAAAGGAUACCACAUGCCAUAUUAAAGGCAAUAUGUUAUCAUAAAACUUGACACUGGUUGCAUCCCUGCUAUCUCAAAAUCAAGGCCUAUCACUCUAAGCAAUAUUUUCUGUGUUUUCUUGGUACUCCCUAUGGAUGAAUGCCAUCUUCUGUUUUCUCUUGUCUUCUAGUUUGGUUGUAGACACCAGAUUAGGGAUUGUCUAAUCAUUUUGGUUUUGUACCUACCUGAUCACUUACUCCUGGGAGCUGCAGUAAUGCUAGAAAUAAUAGUAAUAAUGUACAUCAUCAAAAGGAGUUCCUCUUACUGCAAAGAUUCCAUGGAAACUUAUCAUCUUCACCAAGGAAAUGGCUGUGCAAUACCUUCAGGCAUCACAUAUGUGUUGACUCCACAAUGGCAGGAGCUGGCCCUUUGUUUUCCUGCAAAGAGAGAUCAAAACUUUUCCACAAAAAUUCUCUUGCAAUCUAGAGAUUGCCUGGCCACAUCACAGAUGAUACUACGAGCUACAGCAUGACUGAGGAAUUACCCCAUGUCUUUGAGGUAGGGAAUUAAGUGCAUUCCUCCACCCAGGCAACUGCCAGUCCUUGUCUUCAGCCAUUUCCAGGUCUUUCAAGUUUUGUUGCAGUUGCAGGUGCUGGUUGUUUAUAUUUGUGUCCUUAAGAAAAAGUGACCACUGUGCAUCAGUAGCAGCUAUGGGUAAGGAGAGGGGACUUCAUCUCAUAUGACUGCUGAGUUAGUGACUGCACUCUCCAUUCACUCUCUAUGAGUGAAGGGAGAGAAAGAGGCAGUUUGGACACACUCCAGAAUGAAAUGUAUGUGCAGCCAAACCGGCUUUUUCUCACUUCACUAUAGUAAGAACCUCAAAUAACAAGUUCAUGUAUUCAGUCAGGUGAAUGACACCUGUAAGAUCAUAUUUUUUUAGUUAUAGGGGGUUGGCUGGGUUGGUAGGGAGCAGUAGGAAGUCUAUCUCUGCAAGAUGAACCUGUAACACUGAUGAGAUCAUACACUGUCAUGAAAACACUUUGGAGAAUGCAUCAGAGGAAAAAAAAAAAGAUAUUUUAUGAUAUAGUAUGCAUAACAGCAAAGUUCCUUUGUAUUUUUAUGUGGUGAUGAAUCAUAUACCUUGUAUUUAAAACCUGAUUGGGUCUAGUUCUGAGAAUAGCCUACAGGCAGCACUGUAACAGGGGGAGCAUUAGUUCUCAAAAAACACUUCUGUGUUUGUCUUCUACAUGAUUUCUCUUGACAUGACUGUGGCUGCUACUGCUGCAUCAAGCACACCACGCUCCCAUACACCUUAAAUGUUCUCACUUGCUGCCAGUAGUCUUUGUCAAUGUCAAAGUGCCCUCAGCUUGUGAUGAAACCUCCUGAUCAAACUGGCUAAUUUUGAAAGAUUUAGUUCAAAAUUAGCUUAACCAAAUUUGGCCACGUUUGUAAUAAAAUAGCAUUAAGACAACCAUGACUCUUUGCUAUGAAGCUAAAAUCUGCUUUGCUUGGCAGGAUAAAGCUGUUACCUUCUUUUUAUUGUUUAACUGCUGAGAAGGUGGAUCAUAAAACAGUGCAAGGUUAUUGAGAGGUUCCUCAAUCAUUUGUCCUGGCUCCAGAUACAGUGAUAAUGUUGAAGCUUUCUGUUGGUAUUUGUGCAGUGUUUGACACAGUAGAAUCUGUGACCAUAAAUCAGAAAAAAAACAUUCCUUUCCAGAAGAGCUGUUAUACACAAGUAUGACUUUGAGCAGAGGUUUAUGUUCCACUGUGGAUAAGAACUGCUGAGAUGAGGGUUUAAAGAAAGUAGUUUUGAUAUCAUGUAAGCAAAUGGGAUGUCCUUGGGUUUAUUCAUGGAUUUUGAUAACCUUUAUUUUUGCCUGUUCACACAUAUAAAAUAUUAUUUACCAUUCAUCUGUUUCCUUAAAUAAAAAUGCUGAUAGAUAGUGGACUUGAAAAAAAUGAAUUUUGGGUCCUAAGCAUGUGUUUGGUUAUGGGCCCUCAAGAAAUUUAGGACGUUAGUGGGCCUUUCUUUUACUUUUGCAUUCCACGCAGCUUUCCUUCUUAGUUCAGAAUACCCCCAGGAAAUCUUGAAUGGGCCAAACAUAUCAUUAAUGUAAAGAUUAUCUGUGACAUGCUGGAAAGGGUGGAACAUGUGAAAAUGUAUUACUUGUAUUCUGCUGGCUCGCUCAGACAUCAGUUUUAAAAGGGUAGGGUGCAUUUUCUUAGGCAAGAAACCUAGGGUCUUGCCAAAAGUGGAGAAAAGCAUGGUGCAAACUGCUAAUUUGUGCCAUCUGAUAAGAGGCUUUAAAUACUAAUGCUCAAGAAAAGGUACUGUUUGAGCAGUGUAGGCUAUGAAAUUCUGCAUGUGUACAACAUGAUGCAAAAAACAAAUGUCUAACUGCCAUUAAUCAAAGGGUUAAUGAACUCUGCAUCUGAUUUAAGCUAGCUUCCAAAGUGGUAAAGGCCACUGAAUGCAUCAGUGCCCUUUUGUUUCUUUCCAACACUAAAUACUUUUAGGGUUUUUCUGGCAUCUGAGAUUGCUAGGAAGAAGAUAGAUAGUGCAUUAUAGUUUCUUUUGGAAGAGCAGAAGUUGUAAUUAUCCAAAAAUCACAACACUAACCCAAGUUAUCAUUUCCUGAUGUCAAUGACAUUGCUCAUUGCCCAAAUACAGGAAAACAGAUAUUCCUUUAUGAGUUGAACAAAGUUUUGGAAUAUAUGGGAGGUUACUGUUACAAAAGCCAGAAAACUUCAUUUGAGAACAAAUCAGACCUUUAGUUGUGGAUAUGAGAUCAAUUCUGAUGCUUUGAAAAUCUAGUACUUUCACCUUAAUUUGAUAUACCUGACGAGCUCUAGAGAUAAGAAUGAAAUACUUAAACUUACUACUUUUACUUUAAUUCAAUAUAUCUUAUUGAUGAGCUUGAAGAAAAAAUUUGUUAUAGGCAAUAACAUUACGUACAUAGGUCACUAUGAAAGUAGUACUUCCUAUUUAUUUCCAUGGGAACUACAAUAGAUACAAAGAGCACAAGAACACUAUUUAUUGGAGCAAAUUCUCAGCUACAAACACUAGUUUUCAACACAGUCAUCACCAUUAGCUCUGUAUUUUUGCCAGUAAUCAGAAAGAGCCAGCAUGCCGAGCUCAUAAAAAUCUCCACCAGUGGAAGCGACCCAUUGUUUCACAGCUGCUAUGAUGGCAUCUUUGCUAGGAAAAUGUUGCCCACACAGUUUAUCUUUCAUUGAGCUGAACAGACGGCAGAUAAAAGGUAUCAAAUCCGGACUAUACGAUGAAUGUGGUAGAACAGUCCAACCAAGACUGGCAGUGAGUUCCACAAUCUUCAAACUGGUUUGGGACCUGGCACUAUCAUGUUGCAAGGCAAAGCUUUUUUCUUUGAAGAUUUCCAUUUAUAUGGCUCCAAAGAUAUUUUUCUCUUCCUGAGAUCAUGUAAUAUACAUUGUCUUGGCCUUUUGUCAAUAUUUCUUUCUCUACUUUCUCUGUCUCCCAAGCCUUAGUGGAAAUUUUCACAACACAGAUCCACAACACAGAUAACUCUUGUGGUCUGGUGAUCCUUUGCUUGCUGGCCAGUUAAAGCACAAUUUCAAAUGAAUCAUGCUUUAAGGUGUUUCUAUUACUCUGUACAGGCUGCAGAGGGAGCUGAGAGCAACCAGGCCACAGACUCAAUAGAUGCCCACGCUGUAAAAAUCGACAAUUCCUUGAGAUUCAGUGCUCUCUUAAAAUCUGUCUGUGUCUUCCAUUCACUGUCAUGCCUAGAGUCUCUAGUGUUCAGAGCAAGAGACAGCACUUUAUCUCAGUACUGCUGUUGUUAUGGUAAAGGACAUCAGCAAAUUCUGUAUUGGGUUGCUGUGAAAGUUAUAAAAUCAGCAGUAAAUUCUGUUCCCUCCAGUAACAAGUCAAAUAUAAGAAGGAACACAGCUAUUAUGGCAUUGUGCUGGGAGGCAAUUGACUAUACAAUUAACCCCGGAGUUUGGGUGCUUGUUAGGAAAUUAAAAGGGUAAAGGCAGCUGAUCCCCUUCGGAAUUGAAUAGCCUUGGCCACACUGAGCAAGGUUUGAGUUGACAGAGAAAUGAAAACUCAGUUCCAUGGAUCCUGUGUGAGUUUUGGAUGAACGUGGUGUAGUUAAUUAGGAUUAAUCUCUAAUGACUACCAAGUCAUUAGAGAUUAGUACUGUUCUUUCCAUUUCCCUUGGCUACUUCUCGAAUUUCCAGUAACAGAAGAAGAAGGAACAAAACUGCGUACAUAGGUAGGCUUUGUCAACACCACCAUAAUACAUCAAUAUCAGAAGUACUGUUUUGUAAUUACCGUAGUUCAAAACAUACUGGAUGUGCAUUUUGGGUAUGAAAUAGAAUUCUAUUAAGAAAACUUAUUCCCUUUUCCAUACAAUAACUAUUUAGUAGGCAUGAAGUCAGUGAAUUUACACAUUAGUGAAAUUCUGUAGCUUCAGAAAUAUAAAAAUACUUAAAACAGUACAAAUUAUUGAGUUAGAUAAUCCCAGAGAUCUUUCUGCACCAUGUAGCAUGUAUAUUUUUUCUGUGUUCUGUGAUCUUACAUUUAAAAUUACUAGUAACCAUUAAUAAAAAUAGUUGAUAUUUAAGUAAAAGAAAUGGAAAUUCAAGUUUAAACUACUGACUUCCACAAGGAACACAGAGAUACAUCUUUUCAUUUACAGGAUGACAUCAUCACAUUUUACCUGUUCUCUGUAAUUUUGUUCAAGUUUAGAAGUUUUAGAUGCUGAUCCAGACAGAAAAUCUUUUUACUGCAGACAAAGAAAUCUUGUAAAUGCUUCAAUUUUAAUAUCUUUGGUCCCAGUGCUACACCACAUCAGGUCCUAUACUCAUCUUUUGUAGAGUCAAGGAGGCAGUACGUGGAUGGGAAAGAAUACAAGCUGUGGUCCUUAGAACAAAUAACUCAACACGUUGACCUCAAGUUGAAUUUCAGCCUUCCUAGAUCAGCAAAAUUCUGGGUAUUUUGUUUCUAAAACUGUCUUACAGUUCAGUUACUGGUGCUAAUUAUUCACAUUCCUUUUGACUUAUUGUUCAUAUGUAUUGAGAUGGGCUUUCCAGUUUUCAUCACAUAUGAAAUGUAUGAGAAAUCAUAUACCUACGAAAAACAGCCCUCUCUAUAAUGAAACAUGGCAACUUGCUAGAACACAAUACAUUGUUCCAUAUGGGCAUAAAAGAAGAGCAAAAAAAUCAUUUUGAGUUAACUGCUUAGGGAUUUUUAGGUCAGUGGAAGGUAAUUAUGCAAAAAUGAACUUGGCCAGUAUGCACAAGUUAACAUCUGUAUCAUUGCAAAAUAAACGCCACAGAUGUUUUAAUAAUGAAUAACAGAUGUGAUUAGUGCUUAGGUUUUAAAUCUCAUCUAAAAAUCUUCCUCUUGUAGGUAACUCUUCCCCUCACCUUUUCUCCAGCCUUAUGCAGAGCGCCAACUGGCUACUGGUUGGGACUGCAGGCUGCUGCCUACCUCAUCACCAGCUUCUAUAUUUCAACUUUGACUUCAAGAUGUGGUGCAUUGUUUACGAGAGCUGGCAGAGCAGCCCUUAAUUUGCAAGUCAAAAAGUACAGUCAACUGCAUGAUCAGAGAGCACAACUGAAAGCACCAGCCCAGUGCAACACAGUCAUGCACAAUGAUAACCUUUCGCUUGCGUUGGAGGCAAUAGUUUUCAGCAGACUCAGUGAGUCAGUGGAAAUAAAUACACAGUGUCUUGGUAAAGGCAUAAACACAGACGCUGGAAGGCAGCAGUCAAAUAAACAAGUACUGCUGUGAAGUGCUGUGCAUUAAAUUUAUGUUAAAAAGGUAAUGAUUAACAACUUUAAACUAGUGGGGUAGGCCUCUGUGAGGAGCAUUCUACCAUGGGAGUGAAGAAUGGUCCUGUACGUCAAGAAGGUAGAAAAUGUAAUGACUGAGGUAACAGUGCUGCACAGCCAAAUGUGGAGACCGGAACUGAGGCCACCUCGACUGCCCUGCACAUGAGCCAAAUGAGGACAUCUCUAUCAGCAUUGGAGCGGUCAGAGCAACAGAUCAGGAGAGCAUCCAGCCUGGAAGAGCUCCUUCGAAUAACUCAUGCUGAGGACUGGAAGCUGUGGAAAUGCAGGCUAAAACUCAAAAGCCUGGCCAAUUUAGACUCCCGCUCUGCAUCACAUCGCUCCACCAGAUUUGCUGCUGCUUUCUAUGAUAUCGAUACACUGAAAGUCAUAGAUGAAGAAUGGCAGAAGACUCAAUGUGUGCCAAGAGAAACCUGUGUGGAAGUUGCCAAAGAGCUGGGUACGACAACCAACAAGUUCUUCAAGCCACCCUGUGUGAAUGUGUUCAGAUGUGGAGGCUGCUGCAAUGAGGAGAGUCUGAGCUGCAUGAACACGAGUACAACUUAUGUGUCAAAAACGCUCUUUGAGAUCUCGGUUCCUUUGACAAGUGUUCCAGAGCCUGUGCCAAUCAAAAUUGCCAAUCACACCGGUUGUAAGUGUUUGUCAAAUACCCAGCGUCACCAGUACACCAUCAUACGAAGAUCGGUUCAGUACCCAGAAGAAGAUGGUUGUCCCUUUACGAACAAACUUUGCCAUAAUGGAUGGGUCUGGGAUAGUGACAAAUGUGAAUGUGUUGCAGAUGUACAGCACUCAAACAGACGGGAAGGGCUCCCUCCUCUUGCUGAGCUGGCUAUGUGUGGACAAUAUAUGGAAUUUGAUGAAGAAAAUUGUGAAUGCAUCUGCAGGCAGAAGUGUCCCACAGACUUCUUUCAAAGUAAAGAGAACUGCAGCUGCUAUUUGUGCAGGGAGAACCAGGAAAGCUGUGCUCAGAAACACAAGAUAUUUCAUGCCGAAACCUGUAGCUGUGAGGACAAAUGUCCAUCGCAACCCAGAACAUGCCCAACUGCAAAGCCAACAUGUCCCAGGCAUUGUCGAUGUCCAAAGGAGAAGAGAAAUUCUCAUGGGUCACAAAGCAAAGAAAAUCCUUGACUCAGCUUCUCCAGUUCUCCAGAAAUCCACUGCUUUGCAAAGUAGCUGUCACUGACUUCCAAACAGUAGUAAAAACGAAUGUCUUCCACAUUAACAGCAGAAGAAUGAAUCCGGUCUGCAUUUAUUUAUUAGAGUAAUCACUAACUGCAAGUCAGUCCUCUGGGGCAUUGAUAAUUGUUCUCUAAGAGGCAAAAACAACUGAUGAAAUUCUGUCUAUGUGGAAGAAAGAGCAGAAAGAGCCAGUUCAAUGUCAUGCUAUGGAAGAUGAAGCUGGUAUAUUGGUAACAGAGUCACAGUCAACAGCCAGCCUUUCAGAAAUUGAGACUAGAUAACCUUAGCCUCUGAAUCCUUAGCUAAUGCAACUCUAGGGUAAAACUUCCUUCAGAAAUUCAGUGUGCAGGAUUUGGCUUCUAAUAGGGUCAGCACUGAGUUAUUUGAUCUACUGUCCAGCUUUAAUUAUCAUUUUGAAGUUAUUGUACAACUACUGUCAGAUGUGCCAUAUUUAAUUGUAUAUAAGAAAAUAAAUACAUCAGUUAUUCAA